AUGACUGGGACGGAGGAUGGCGGUCCUGCGACGCUGUCUGUAGAUCAGGCACCAAUUGUUGUGGGCGGCUCAAGUCCGACAGAUACCAGUGCAGCACAGUCUGCUGCCCGACGUGCCGAUCGGCGCCUGGCCAAACUGAAGCAGCAUCACUUGCAUUCCCUGCACGCUAUCCGGCAUUUUUUGUGUACGCACAGCAGCUAUGAUGUGCUACCUGUGUCAUUUCGCCUCGUCAUGUUUGAUACACAACUAUCUAUUAAGUCAGCGCUUGAUGUUAUGUUUCAGUCAGGCGUAGUGUCCGCCCCGUUGUGGCGUUCGACUCUCGAUCAAGACACUCAAGAUCCAUCCAACCGACCUGGCUUCGCCGGUAUGAUCACGGUCAACGACAUUAUUCACCUCAUCCAGUUUUAUUAUUAUACAUCCACUAAUUAUGACACAGCCACGCUCGAUGUCGAGACGAUGCGUCUUGAUCGACUCCGAGAGAUUGAACAUGCGUUGAAUGUGCCGCCCCCACCACUGUUGUGGAUCGGGCCUCUAUCACCCCUAAGUGAGGCCGGCGAGCUGUUGGUUCGCACCCACGCGCGCCGAAUUCCUCUUUUGGAUUAUAAUGAAGACUUGCAGGUCGAGUCUGUAUUGAGUGUCCUAACGCAGUAUCGCCUGCUCAAGUUUAUCGCUAUGAAUUGCCGCGAAGUGUCGGGUCUCAAGGCGAGUAUUGGAUCCUUGGGCAUCGGCACGUAUACGUACGCACAUCAACUUGCUCGAAAGCGCCGCACACCUCUUGCACGACUGCGGAUGCCGGAUCAGGAGCCACCGCACGACGCCGGUCCCUACUGGCCGCUGCUAACGGCCACGCUCGAUACCACCGUGUUUGAUGUGGUCCACAUGUUCAGCGAAAACGGAGUUAGCGCUGUGCCAAUAUUAGACGAGGAUGGUGAUGUCGUGGACAUUUACGAAUCCGUCGAUGUUAUCACGCUGUUACGUACUGGCGUGUAUAGCCAACUGGACCUGACGAUCGGCCAGGCUCUAGAACGGCGACCAGCGGACCACAUGGGCGUGGCAUGUUGCUCAUCUGACGAUUCCCUUGCCAGCAUCUUUAUGAUGAUCAAAGAGCGCCGCACUCACCGUAUGAUUGUCAUGGAGCCGGAUCCGUCGAUGGAUGCGACAUGGGCGACGCCUGUGAUGGACCAGCCAGGUGACGAGCAUCCAGCGACAUUCCCCUUGCAUCCCAAAGGCCGCCUGGCGGGUAUUAUCUGCCUGAGCGAUCUACUGCGCUACAUUAUCGGCCAGCCCACUCAGCCUGCGAGUGAGACAACGCCUGUCCCAUCCGUUACAGACACCAACGCAUUCUCCCAAUCGAGCUCCAAUGCAUCCAGCCAAGACUUGUACACCGAUCCCACCACAUACGCAGGCCACAUACCCCAUACUACCCCGUUUACCUAG